AUGAUAACAUUGAAUGGAAAUAAACCUGUGUGGAUACGAGAUAAUGAACAUGGUUUUGUUCUUGGAAAAAUCGCUGAUAUCGCAUCUGAUAAUGUAACCGUUCAAGUGAACGAAACGAAGAAGAUUCUUGUCGUUCCUUAUGAUUCAGUUUUUCAAGCUGAAGAAUAUGACAAAGAUGUGGACGAUAAUUGUGCGCUCAUGUAUCUCAAUGAAGGAACUUUAUUGAAUAAUGUUCGUCGUCGUUAUAAGAAAGAUCUAAUAUAUACCUACGUCGCGAAUAUCCUAAUUGCUAUUAAUCCGUAUAAAGAACUACAUGGUCUUUAUAGUCUCGAAACAAUCAAAAGAUACAAUGGCAAAUCACUUGGUGUCAUGCCACCACAUGUAUUCGCAAUCGAAAAAUGA